AUGGAAUGGAGUUUUAGACUCCCGACUCGCCGGUUGACGCGUGCCCGCAAGCAAGUCAGAUCUUCCCUUGGAAACGCUCUACUCAAGACAUCGUUCCCGAGCCUCAUUGUGUUCAGGAUCAAGGUCGACGACAAAGAUUCCAUGGACGAAACUGACAUUGUCGAAUCAUUGAUGAGCGAGGAUGAAGAGGAAGAUACCUUGUCUCUAGGCGUUCGCUGCUUGUGUCAACUCCCAAACCUUCGGCGAUUACAUUUGAAAACACUCUGGACCUUGUCACCUGUAGCGUUUGGGUCUCUUGCAAACCAGUCAGAUAUCCAUUAUCCCUCUUUAGAGUAUCUCCAUAUCGACUGCUCAAUGACAACACCCGACGCUAAAUACUUGCUUACCAGGGACCAAAGUAGAGCCUUAGCCGAUGAUAGUGGGUAUGGCAUCGAGCACGACGAGAAGAUCGCCGCCUUCGAUUCGGAUGACUCCGACAUAUCUGAUUUUCUGCCAGAUUUUGAAUGA